AUGACAAAGAUGACUCAGCAAUUUCUGCUCUACUUCAAAUCAAAAAAGAUUCAAGUAGAUUUGAGCGAGAACGAAACUGGGUAUUUGUUAUCAUCAUUUGAAAAAGACUCGAUUGUGAACAAUACUGAAUCGGUAUCGUCGUCAUUAGUGGACAUUGUUGAGGAAAUACCGUUUAGUUUACGCGCAAAUAAGGUGUUGAUAAUUGACUCUUUGAAGUCAGGAACUGGUAGGCUGGAUGAUAAAGAUAUAUCUAGAUCCCUUAUUGAACCUUUGUUUCAAUUGUUAGAAAUUGAAUUCACGUUAUUUAAAACCAAGACCGCUAGGUCAAUAGAAGAGAUUGCCAAAAGUUUAGAGCCUGUAAAUACUACAGUAAUAUUUAUCAGCGGAGAUACCUCAAUAACUGAAUUUAUAAAUGGGUUGGGCAAAAUUCAAGACGAUUUCAAACCGGUCUCUAUCUCAAUAUUUCCAAUUCCAGCAGGCACAGGAAAUAGUUUUGCCUUGUCACUAGGUUUGGCCAAUCAAUUAUCAGCCGUCGCUCAGUUAUUCAAAAGCACUCAGCUAUCGCCCCUUUAUCUAUACAAUUUAAAGCUCCCUCAAGGGUCCUACCACCUAGUCCAAAACGAAGCAAAAAAUCUCAUCAAUUCCAACAUGAGAUUCAUUGUGGUAUUUUCCUGGGCUUUCCACGCCAGUUUAGUUGCGGAUAGUGAUACACCAAACCUACGCAAAUACGGAUUGAAAAGAUUUCAAAUUGCAGCACAGAAUAAUUUAAGUAGAGUUCAGGAGUACCAAGGCGAUGUAAUUAUAAAAAGUGCCAGCGGAAGGGAAGAAAUCAUAAAAGGUCCAUUUGCAUAUUGGUUGUUAACCCCCGCACAAAAAUUUGAACCAACUUUUGAAAUCUCGCCAAGAGGAAACAUAUUGGAAAAUUGUCUAUAUUUGGUGGCGUUUAGAACAAAAGAAGAAGAAAGAAAAAAAGAUAAUAGUAGUAGUGGCACUGGCAAUUAUAUCAUGGAUAUCAUGACAGAGGUAUAUGACGGAGGAAAACAUAUUGAAAAUCCAAAUGUAAUCUAUAAGAAAAUAAAUAAAGGCGAUUGUGUAAAUUUGUUGACCAAAAAUUCAAAAGAAUUACAGCAGAGGCGAUUUUGUGUCGAUGGUAGUAUAAUUGCAUUACCAGAAACAAACAACCAUGAAAUAGAAAUUCAGGUGGGCGAUAAUAAAGAGGAGCAUGGAUGGAACUUAUAUAUAAUACAUUGA